ACAGCCCCACGCGCGCCGGGCCCCGCCCCUUUCCGAUGCAUCACGUCCGCCGACGUAACACAGCCGCCGCCGCCAUCGCUGAUUGAGCUCGUUAUUCUGCUCCCUCGGUCUAACUGUGGUCUGGGCGCGCCAGCUUUCCUGACUGUUAUCAUGGCUCGUGGGCAGCAGAAGAUACAAGCUCAGCAGAAGAAUGCCAAGAGACAAGCUGAAAAGAAAAAGGGAGGAUCUGAUCAAAAAGCAGCUGCAAAAGCAGCACUUGUGCACACAUGUCCUGUUUGCAAGACACAGAUGCCAGAUCCUAAAACUUUCAAACAACACUUUGAGAGUAAACACCCUAAAUCUCCAUUGCCUCCUGAAUUAGUUGAUGUACAGGCAUAAAAAGAAAACAAGACUUGGAUUUGGACUUGGAAUUCUGCUGACAUGAUGCACUGAAUCAACUACAAGGCCUGGAAAAGAUGAAGGAUAUUUGAUUCUUCAACCUUUUCCCUUUCUACUUACUACUGAACUGUUGAUGUUUAUUCCUUUCAUGUUUUGGGGGCAAGGGAGCAUUGGAAUGAAGAUUUUUUUUUUUUGUUCAGAAAUUACAAAGCUGCCAAUUCUUCAAGUGAGUUGGGUGAGAAAGUGGUACUAAUGUAGUGAUAGACCAGUACUAAUAUUUGCUUCUCUUCCAUUCACUGCUAUUAAGCACUGGCAUCAUUGUGAUACUUGUACUGCUGGAGACAAAUGCAAAACUGUAAUCUUAUCUAUCUACAAUUAAUCGGUUUUGCGGGAACCUCUUGGUGAAUAUUGUUGCUUUACAAGUUUAGUUAGGUUAGUGUACUUGUCACUAACAAAAUACCUUGCUAAACAUGGGCUGGUCAUCUACAAUAGGAUUUGUAUCCAUUUUGGCCUGUAUUCAGCACCUUCUUUGUAGAAGGGUUGUUGCAAUAUUAAAAUUUGUUCCCCUGUUGCAAUCUUCACUUGAUUGAUCAAAACAUGAAGAUGUCUAAAGAUGAUAGACUCUCAAGUGGAUAUUUCCAAGGAUUGCAGAAUAUUUAAACUCAUAACCACUUCUCUCAAGUGCUUGAUUGCCUGGAAAAUAAGUUUUCAGCUGAGCUCCAUAAUUUUUCUGUUGCAAGUAUACUGUAGCAUCCCUAUGAGUUUAAAAUACAUUAAUGUGGAGCAGACAGUUGAAGAGCCACUGUCUCGCUGCAUAAAUGCUAAUAAAUGAAUGUGUUGGAGCUUUGUUUUCUAACUUGCUUUGCAGCUUAAAAUUGUAGCAUUAACAUCUUAUUGCAAAGCUGGCAUGUUGAUAUGUGACAUGUCUUAACUAGUUGUGGUUUUUGUCUGAAACUUUAGUUUGAAGGGGUUUCUCAGAAAUAGUGAAGCUGAUCCUUAAAUUGACUUUUUCCUAUUUAAAAUCACAAUAACUACGAUUGCAAUAGCUUGUAUAUUCACCUAGUUCUGCUCCUAAUCCUUUAGCCCUGUUUUUCUGUAGCAAUUUUGCAUAGUCAUACACAUGCAGUAUUUUGUGAUUUAUUGGAGCUCAUUGUAAUUUCUUUAAUAAAUAUCAGAAGCACAUUUUCUUGUAAA